AUGGCGCAUUUUAUUCCGACAAAUAAGUCAGCAUCUACGGCGGACACUAUUGAUCUUCUGGCGGAUCGGUUAAUUCGUUAUCACGGAUUUCCCGACGUCCUAAUCUCAGACAGAGACCCGAGGUUCCAGUCUCAGCUAUGGCAGCUUCUAUGUCAGAGGUUUCAGAUAAAGCGGGCUAUGUCUUCGUCUUACCAUCCGCAGACGGAUGGCCAGACUGAGAGGCUAAACCGUACUCUAGAACAGAUGUUGCGAACAUACAUUCAGACCGACGAGAAAGACUGGGAGCGUUUGCUGCCGGCUCUGGAACUCGCUUAUAACACGACCUCUCACUCGUCAACUGAGCUCAGCCCUUUCGAAGUAAUGAUCGGGCAGAACCCAGUGACGGCAGCAGACAUGGACAUCAUAGGAGACCUCGCACCUACGCUCACACCACCGAUGACAGCAGCCGACAUGGACAUCAUAGGAGACCUCGCACCUACGCUCACACCACCGAUGACUAAGCUUAUACCUGAUCGGCCUCGGGACCCAGCAAUGCAAUCCAAGGAGGCAGCAGUGGGGUGGCUGCCUCUCAACGACCCAGCCGGCCUUCCUACGGACAUUUACGAAGUGGAUUAUAUAUUAAACCAACGGGGCUCUGGCAAGGACGUCCAGUAUCUAGUUAAAUGGAGGGGGGCCCCUGAAGACCGGGCCACUUGGGAACCAGCCUCUAACCUAACCAACUGCGCGGCACUACUUAGGGCCUGGCGUCGCCACUAUAAUAAAGUAAGGUCUCGGCAGAGGUCCAGCAACAGCUAG